CAGUUGAUUGACGGCUGGAAGUCUGAGGACAGUGGCAGCCAAUGGGAAGCGGGGCUCCGGCUGUUUGGGAAGGGAGGCCCCUGGAGCAGCAGACGGCGAAGCUGAGCGCGGAGAACAGACACGAGCGUCCGGUGAAACGUCCGUCAAUGAAUCCGGUGCGUUAAGUGAGGGUGUGGAGAGAAAGAUGUGUUUGUGACCGGAGCUCGCAUCAUUAAAUCGCUUCAUUAAAUCGCUGAAUCUCCUGUUCUGAUCGGACGGCGCGCGCUCACGGUCCAGACGCGGCAGAAUGGACGGACUUCACGACCAACAAGUGCCUUUUAUAAAGUCUCAUAAUCCUCGGGGAAAGACGUCCGGCACGAGACCAGCAAAGGACAGAAAAAGAAAAUUCAUUAACUCUGACCUGGCGCUGGACACUGAGGAGCUGUUUCAAGAUCUUAGUCAACUUCAGGAGACCUGGCUCGCCGAAGCUCAAGUUCCUGAUAAUGACGAGCAGUUUGUUCCAGACUUUCAGAGUGAAAACUUGGGGCUCCACGGGCUGCAGUUGAGGCUGAAGCGAGAGCCUCACAGUCCCUGUGCUGAUCUGGGCUCAGCCUGCAGUCAGGAGAGGCCCUUCAGACUCCACUAUGGGGAGAAGUGCCUCUAUAACAUCAGUGCCUACGAGCAGAAGCAUCCGUCGGGAAUGAAGGCCUCCAGCCCUGUGUCGACCCCCUGCAGCACCCCUGUGUCCCCUGGACAGCAUGUGUCUCCCACUGCUGCCCCGACCCCCAAACCAGAGCGGACGUACCCACACCUCGCACCCCCACAGCCCCUGCCCGACAGUGCAUAUCCCAUAGACCACAGAUUCCGCCGGCAGUUGUCGGAGCCCUGUCAUUCGUUCCCCUCUCCUUCAAUGUCCCGGGACGGACGGCCCAUGUACCAUCGGCAGAUGUCAGAGCCCAGCAUCCCCUUCCCUCCUCAGGGCUUCAAGCAGGAGUACGUGGACCCCCUGUUCGAGCAUCCGGCCAUGAUGGGGGCGCCGCUCCCCCAGCCGUACACACACUCCAUGAUGAUCAAACAAGAGCCGCGCGACUUCACCUACGACUCAGAAGUGCCUAGCUGUCACUCUGUUUAUCUCAGACAAGAGGGAUACCUGGCACACAGUAACAGAACUGAAGGCUGUAUGUUUGACAAAGUUGCAAGGCACUUCUAUGAUGACACUUGUGUGGUACCGGAGAAGGCGGAGGGUGACAUAAAGCAGGAGGCGGGGCUUUACCGUGAAGGGCCGACCUAUCAGAGACGAGGCUCUCUGCAGCUCUGGCAGUUUCUAGUGGCUCUGCUGGACGAUCCCUCAAACUCACAUUUCAUCGCGUGGACCGGCCGGGGCAUGGAGUUUAAACUCAUUGAGCCUGAGGAGGUGGCGCGACGUUGGGGAAUCCAAAAGAAUCGACCCGCCAUGAACUACGACAAACUCAGCAGAUCGCUGCGCUACUACUAUGAAAAAGGCAUCAUGCAAAAGGUGGCAGGCGAGAGAUACGUAUACAAGUUUGUCUGUGACCCCGAGGCUCUGUUCUCCAUGGCCUUCCCCGACAAUCAGCGUCCCGUGCUGAAAACCGACCUGGAGCGACAGAUCAACGAGGAGGACACCGUCCCGCUGUCGCACUUUGAUGAAAACAUGGCCUACAUUCAAGAGGGAGGAUACUGUAACCCACACCCAUACAACGAGGCCUAUGUCUACUGAAAAAACAGUCAUUCCCCAGGACAAAAGACAGCACUUUAUGGACAGAUGGCAGUGUGUAAACCUACAAACGUACUGGUGUAGUUGCGUUAGAUGCUCCUUUGGUGUUUUUUUUUUUUUUUUUUGGUUUGUUUUGGUUGUUGCUAUUGAAGGGGAUUGGGCGAUUCAGCAUGCCGUUUUCCAACAGCGAAAGACUCUCAAAAUGGACAGAGGAUUCAAACUAUUUAGACGGAGAAAUCCUAACCUCUUUUACCAUCAGAACUCUUCGGAUUGUUUGUGGAGCACUUUGUUAUUUUCGCAAAUUUGUUGUGGGUUUUUUCCCCUCUUUCCUCCCUUGGUGUCAAUUUGAGUAAAGAAUACAGUGUAUGGAAAUAAAAACUCUCAAACGCAAAGUAAAAUGAGCACAUUAGUGACCCUGGAUCACAAAACCAGUCUUAUGUGGCACAGAUAUUCAGCUUAUUUUUGACAUACACAGAUAUUUAUUUUUUGCCGCAGCCCGUUUUUGGCUUGAGACUUUCAGUGUCAUUCACUUACACUGAAUUUUAGAUGUUAAAAACAGCUUAAUAUGCUCCUCGAUGCUGCAAGCUGACGGUUUAUUAUUUUAUUAUUCUAACUUUUAUGUAUAGUCAUGAACAAACCUGUAACGCAUGCACAUCCGCCUUGUAUAAUACGGUCAAUACCAGUGUUGGCAGAUGUAGCUGACUGAUUCCAGAAUAAAGCUAUCAAAAAUCUGCCGAAAUACAAAAACAAGCGCCCAGAUAUCUGAAGGUUGUUGUUAAACCGCCCAAUUUUUCUCUACCCCCCUAUGUGAUUGUUUACUCACACAAUCAAAUUUAAAACCGCCCAACCUGGCAACACUGAACCCCUUUACAUAUUGACUACUGUAUUGAUCAAAGUUUCCAUUAAACUUGUCCUAAAACUAUUGAAUAACAA